CCACCUGCCCGACCCUCCCUGGCAAUGCCUCACCCGGCCUGCCCACCACAUUCCUGACCCUCCCUGGCAACGCCUCACCCAGCCUGCCCACCACCUGCAUGACCCUGCCUGGCAACGCCUCACCCGGCCUGCCCACCACCUGCCCAACCCUCCCUGGCAACGCCUCACCCGGCCUGCCCACCACCUGCCCGACCCUGCCUGGCAACGCCUCACCCGGCCUGCCCGCCCACCAUCCCCCCAGCCCUGCCUGGCAACCUUCAACCCGGCCCUCCAGACCCUGCCCAGUGACCCCUCACCCGGCCUUCCUGCCCAACCCUGCCUGGCAACUUCCCACCCCACUCUGCCCAGGGCCUGCCCCCAGUUCCUCUCCAGGCCCCCCACCUGACCCUGUUUCCAGCUCCCCUCCUGACCCCUGGUGCAUCUUAUCCUGCCCACCUCUGCCUGCUCUGCCCAGCAGAGCCUGGCACUUUGCUGGGACUCUCCUUGGGGGUUACAGUUCUCCCAGCAAAGGCCCAGACUAUGAGCCCCACAUGAGCCAUCUUCCAGCUUUACUGCCAGGAUGGCCGUGCCCACAACUGGCCCCAGCCCGGUGCCACUAGAGGCAGAUGGCAAGGGCUGUGCCCUGGCUGUCGCCGGAGCCUCAUGCCCUGCCAGUGUGGCUGCACUGGGGAGCUCCCUGGCAGGGCAGCGGCUGCCCCCAGGGCUGUGCCCCGAGUGGCGCUGCCCCAUGCCAGCAGGCGCCCAUGCCAGCCGCCUACAGCGUGGACUACACCACGGGCCGCGUGAUGACCUUCAGCACCGUCUUCGCCGUCAUGUUCAACGGCUGCACCGGCAUCAUGGCCGGCUCCAACAUGUCGGGGGAUCUGAAACGCCCCAGCUACUCCAUCCCCAGAGGCACCAUCGCCGCUGUGCUCUUCACCUACCUCAUCUACAACCUGCUGGCCGUCACGCUGUGCUGCACCUGCGACAGGAUCCUGCUCCAGAAGGACUACGGCUUCCUGCGGGACAUCAAUGUCUGGCCCCCCUUUGUCAUCAUUGGCAUCUACUCGUCCACCCUCUCGGCCUCCAUGAGCAACCUGAUUGGGGCCUCCCGCAUCCUCUACGCCCUGGCCAAGGACGACAUCUUCGGCAGAGCUCUGGCGCCGGCAAAGAAAACCUCCCGCGGUGGGAACCCCUGGGUGGCCGUGAUCCUCUCCUGGGUGGUGGUGCAGCUGGUGCUGUUCUCUGGGAAGCUGAACACCAUCGCCGCCAUUGUGACCAUCUUCUUCCUGCUGGUCUACGCCACCGUCGACCUGGCCUGCCUGGCCCUCGAGUGGGCGUCAGCCCCCAACUUCAGGCCCACGUUCCAGUACUUCACCUGGCACACCUGUGUGCUGGGCAUCCUGGGCUGCGGCAUCAUGAUGUUCCUCAUCAGCCCCAUCUACGCCUCGGCCAGCGUGGCCUUCAUGGUGCUGCUGCUGCUGGCGCUGCACUACCUGUCCCCGAGCAGCAGCUGGGGCUACAUCAGCCAGGCCCUCAUCUUCCACCAGGUCCGGAAGUACCUGCUGAUGCUGGACGUCCGCAAGGAGCACGUCAAGUUCUGGCGCCCCCAGAUGCUGCUGAUGGUGCAGAACCCCCGGUCCAGCCUCCAGCUGAUCAGCUUCAUCAACGACCUGAAGAAGAGCGGCCUGUACGUGCUGGGCCACGUGGAGCUGGCCGAGCUAGACUCCCUGCCCUCCGACCCCCUGCAGAGCCAGGCCGACUCCUGGCUCCUGCUGGUCGACCGGCUGAACAUCAAAGCCUUUGUGAACCUCACGCUGGCCGACUCGCUGAGACACGGCGUCCAGCAGCUGCUCUUCAUCUCCGGCCUGGGUGGCAUGAGGCCCAACACCAUCGUGCUGGGCUUCUACGACAGCGCCGCGCCCCGGGACGGGCUGGCGCAGCACCCGGCCUUCGAGGGCGUCGAGGAGGCGGCGCAGCUGAUCUUCCCGCCGGUGCGGGGGGCCGCGGCCCCCAGGAGGCUGUCGCCCCAGGAGUACGUGGCCGUGGUGGCCGACACGGUGAAGAUGCUGCGGAACGUGAUGCUGGCUCGCUCCUUCGAGCACUUCAACAAGGCGCGGGCGCCCUCCAUCGACGUCUGGCCCCUCAACCUGCUGCGCCCCGACAGCGCCCGCUACGCCGACACCUGCAGCCUCUUCCUGCUGCAGAUGGCCUGCGUGCUCAGCAUGGUGCGCUCCUGGCGCCGCGCCCAGCUCCGCCUCUUCCUGUGCGUGGAGACCGGGGCCAGGACCCGCGGGCACGAGGACAAGCUGCGCCAGCUGCUGAAGGAGCUGCGCAUCCAGGCUGCCAUCCGCAUGGUGCCCUGGGACGCCGUGGUGGCCUUGCACUGGCAGAAGCAGCAGGAGCAGGGGGCCAGGCCGGCGGAGGCCGCCAUGAACUUCCCUGGCAACGCCACCUGCAUCUCCGACGAGUACCUGAAAGCAGCCAACAGGCUGAUCCUGGAGCAGAGCCCCUCGCCCACCAUCCGCUUCCUCUACCUGCCGCGGCCUCCCGCCGACACCAGCCUCUACCCCAGCUACCUGCACCAGCUGGAGCUGCUCACCCGGGACCUGGGCCCCACCCUGCUGGUGCACGGUGUGAGCGCCGUCACCAGCACCGAGCUGUAACCCGGCCUGGCCCCCGGGGACUGCGGCACUCGGACCGGGCCGGCUCACGGCCUCCCGGGCUGGGGUCUCUGGCAGAGAACCCCCCAAGCUCUCCCCCCAGGCCGCCCUCACCCAGGGACUCCCUACACACACCCCACGCUCACUCAGGCCUCCUGCACCCCCGCUGCUGCUCUGCCGGCAGGGUGCUGUGCCAAUCACACCCAGUCCUGGCAGGCCGCCGCUGGUAAUUGCCGGGACUCGGACGGCCCCGGCUGGAGAACCCGUCAGCCCCCGAGAAGCUUGGGCAGCGGCAGUGACGGGCACGGAGACUCCGGUCAGCCCGGGUGGUGUGACGAAUGCCCUGGAGUCUCCGCGUUCCCUGGUGGGCUGGGAUCUAGGGGGGCGGCGAGGGGAGCGAGAGCCCGGCAGGUAAAUGGCCCCAGCCCAGCGUGGGCGACGGGCAGGGCCUGUGCCCGUAACUUCUUUUGCACUGAAACAUGUUACUGAAAUAAAUCUGCCAUGGGAGGCUCCAGGCAGAACCCUGGCCUGGGUUAUUGAGUGUCUGGGUUUGCUGCUGUCUCCGGCUGUCCCCCGCGCUAGCCCAGUGGGUGCCCGGGUGCAGCACGUGCCCACCGGCAGCCUGACCCCGCCCCCUUUGCUGUUGGCGUCCCAGGAAAGGAGAAU